AUGACGUGGAGGAGAUCGUUCAACGGCUUGAGAAAUUCUAUAACUAAGACCAGGAACAACUACACGUUGUAUCAUUUUUUGUUGAUUUACAAUUGUUCAACACAAGCAUACAUACCUCAUGCCGGGAAUUAUACUACAAGAGCUACAUAAAACUGCACCACGACUGGUACUAGCAUGUUAGUUUAGUCCUAGAAGAAGCUGGAGGGCUUCUUAUUUUGUUUUUUUUGUACGUUCUUGUGGGUAGUAUUGAAUAACUGCAUUGUCUUUAGUACCUUAGCAACAUAAUCCUCUAAGAAUGCGUUGCGUUGCAGAGCGAUGCUGAUGAAAAGGAAAGGGAGUCCCAACAACUGCCGGAGACCCAAACGUUGUUAUGAUUUAAGCAGGACGCUGACCUCGAAGAGGAUGCUGGUAGCGGUAGUUGUGGUAGCAUUUCGUGAGUUCUUUUCGAUGUAG